AUGGCCGAGUCGUCGACGAUCGAAGUAAGGCUAGUUCGUUGUCCAAAGUGCAAAAAUCUCUUACCAGAGCCUAAGGAUUGCUCCUUUUUCCAGUGCGGUGGUUGUGGAACCAUUCUUUGCGCCAAAAACAAGGACCGUGAAGCAGAUCCAGUGUCUGAUAAGUCCGUGGAUAAUAGAGCCAAAGAAACUCAAGUUAACCUUAGUUCAAGUGAAGAAGAAUUAGAUUUGGAUGAUGCUUCAUUAAGACACCAACAAAUUGGUCAAACAGAGACUUUUGAUGUUCACACUGAUGAUGAUCCUUGCUCGAAAGUGAAUGUUAACGAUUCUCAAUCGGGUUUGGAUCGGUUUAGGAAACUGAAAAGAGCAAUCAAGAGAUACGACUCCGAGGGCUUCAGAUUCUCUGCUUCAAACUACUUUCAAGAUUCCGUGUAUAGUGAUGAAGCAAUCCGGCAAGACAGAGCCGGGCUGGUGAAAAAGUUGGAUAGGCUAAAAGAAAAGGCUCCUCUGCGGUUUCCAAGUUCCGGGAAACACAUUGCAGGACCUUCCUAUAACCAUAUUUAUCCUCCAUGUCACUAUAACCAAAACCCUGAUGCUUCUCUGCACGGUCAGAUGCAUAACUCAGCUUAUGGAGACCCUCACAGGCUCAUGAUGCAUGAAAGAGCUCUGCAUCCAUCUCAUCCGCUCCAUUCCACAAAGUAUGACGAUGGUUUGUUCGAUACAUACCAGCGAAACGGGAUGCUUCACCAGUCAAGUUGCUCUUGUGUCCACUGCUAUGAUCCAUAUCAUAGAGCUUCAGGCUCAGUGUUUCCUCCAUCAGGCUUGCCUGAUGCUCUGCGUAAUCCUGGUUUUUACACUCAUGAGACAAGUUUUGGUUUUGCUCCAUUGCAUAGUCCACGAACCUUUGUUCCUCCUCCUCCUCCUCCUUCUCAAUCUCGUGGUCUAGGAAGACGUCCGAAUGAUCUUUCUCUGUUGCAUCAUCACCCUAAAGCUGGAUCAGCUUCAGGUUGUUCUCGCUUAAUCAACCCUGUGGCUGGUGGUGCACCGUUUAUAACCUGUAGAAACUGCUUCAAGAUUCUGAAUUUGCCAGACAAAACAGAUUCCUCUACAAGAAAGCGACAGAGACUUCGCUGCGGAGCGUGCUCUUACUUGAUAGAAUUUUCCUUUCUUGAUAAGAAACUAGUCCUUCUCUCUACGGAUCCUGCUUCAGAGAGAAGACCACAAACUCAUAGAAGGCUGCAUUGGUCAACUGCUGCUACUUUCUCUUCUGAUGACUACGAUAAUGCUCCUUACGAAUUCCAUGCAGUGGAUACGGCUUUGAUCUCCGACAAACCUGAAGAAGUGCACAUUGCGGAUUCUACUUCUCCUGAAGUGUCUGAAGACGACCUAAGUUCAGAUAGUCCUCUGCCUCUUCACAAACAGUUUGAAUACUCUUCAAUCAAUGUAAGGGACCGGUCUGGGCCAAUGAGCCAAAGCUCUCGUUCAGAGAAGGACAGAGUAACACUGAACAAAAUAGUCAUGAGGCAGAACUCUAUGAAAGAAGCUUCGGUUGCAGUUGAGAUGGAUGACUACUCUCACUACAGUGAAGUGUCUCAAGAGUCUUCUGCAAGUGACUAUAGAGAUGACCAGGGAAGAAACAAGAAGGGCGGGUUUGCGAGUAUCGUGAAGAACAGCUUCAAGGAUCUAAAGAAAUCAAUCAAGAAUGAAAGCAGAAGUAGUGAUGUUUCGGUAAAUGGGCAAUCUGUAGCUGAACGUCUGGUGAAAAUGGCAGAGAAGCAAGCUGGACCAAUCCGGCCAGGAAGCUACUGGUACGACUAUAGAGCUGGAUUCUGGGGAGUAAUGGGAGGUCAAUGUCUUGGAAUCUUACCGCCUUUCAUUGAAGAGCUGAAUUACCCAAUGCCAGAGGAUUGCGCUGGCGGAACCACAAGAGUCUAUGUGAACGGAAGAGAGCUUCACCAGAAAGACCUGAGAUUGCUCAAUGCAAGAGGUCUCCCGAGGGAGAGAGAACGGUCCUACACGGUUUACAUCUCAGGUAGAGUCAUAGACGAAGACACCGGUGAAGAGCUAGCUAGUCUUGGCAAACUCGCCCCAACGGUCGAUAAGCUGAAGCGUGGGUUUGGGAUGAGAGUUCCAAGGAGAAGUGCAUGA